UGCCCAUCCUCAACUCUGAGACCACUGAAGCACAAGUCUUCUGCGAUACGGACCCUAGCUGCUGGGUUUCCUUCAUUUAUUAAUUAAGCAAAAUAUCUCAAGAUCUCGCAAAAAUUUGAAGAAGGUGAUUCUGACACGGGAUUCUGUUUUAAAGAGAGUGGGCUUUUUUUAAAAAAAAAAAAAAAAAAAAAAGCAUGGCCAACUCCGGUAUCCAGCUGUUGGGCUUUUUCCUGUCUCUGAUCGGUAUCGUCGGGCUGAUCAUCGGAACAAUUCUGCCGCAGUGGAAGAUGUCAGCGUACAUCGGGGACAACAUCAUCACGGCGGUGGCCAUGUACCAGGGACUGUGGAUGUCAUGCGCUUUCCAAAGCACCGGUCAGCUCCAGUGUAAAAUCUACGACUCCAUCCUGCAGCUGGACAGUUCGCUCCAGGCCACUCGCGCCUUGAUGAUAGUUGGCAUCAUUGUGUCCAUCGCAGGACUAGGUGUGGCCUGUAUGGGAAUGAAGUGCACCACCUGUGGGGGAAAUGACAAAUUACGCAAGUCCCGCAUUGCCAUGACAGGAGGCAUCAUCCUGCUAGUGGGAGGGCUGUGCGCCAUCGUGGCUUGCUCCUGGUUUGCUCACAAUGUCAUCAGAGCUUUUUAUAAUCCUUACACUCCUGUCAACACCAAGUUUGAAUUUGGUGCCGCCAUCUUCAUCGCAUGGGGUGGCUCCCUCCUUGAUGUCCUGGGUGGAGCCAUGUUGGCAGCCUCCUGCCCGAGGAAAAAGCAGGUAUCGAAGUACCCAUCCAUGCCCGGCUCUCGCUCUGGCCCUCCAGGCAGCACCAAGGAAUAUGUCUGAGAUCGCCCCCUGCUGUCCGGGACUUGAAAAGAAGCUGAGGAGGAAAUUCCUGCAUUGUUGCAGCAUCAGAGAGGAGUAAACCGAAGAUGUGUGAGCAGUUGUAAAUCAAAGACAGAGACAAGGAGUACUGAAAUAGGACUUUCUUUACUUUCUUUUUGUCCAGACAGGCAUUUGAUGACCCACUGAUUAUCAUGCAGCACUCUCAAUUGUUUCAUGAAGGAUGUCUCUCACUCCAUUCACACAUUCCACAGUUGUUUACAAGUAGUCUUCACAAAUACAUUAUAAUUGGAUCCCCUGACUUAAUAGAAAAGCCCUCCAGGAUGCACUCUCAUGAAUUGUAGCAUAAAUGGUGGAUUAAAGCCAACAGUUGCACCCCCAUGUCAGAACCAGCAUUUAUUAGCAUUUACCAUGUAAUUGAAAGUAAUCAAUUCCACUUUGGUAAGUGGGCCGCAACUCUGCUACAGCACAUCACAGAUGCAAGAUGACAAUACAGUGUUUUAUAUUAACUGUCGGUACUAAAAUAGAUGAGCAGGGUGUGACUUCUCACACAGGGCUCACUAUGUAGGGCCGGGGUCUGCAACCUGCAGCUCUGGAGCCACAGGUGGCUCCCUGGACCUCCCACAAUGGCUCCUAAUUCAUGGCUAAAAAUGCUACAGAACUAACUAAUGUUUCUAAUAUAGAUUUAAUACCAAAUGCAGGUUUUUACCUCUUUUUUUCAUGGAAUAAUUGCAUUGAAUUUUCACAGCAUAAUGACACUAAACUUACCAGUAACAUUUUUUAAUCUAUUUUACUUGUCAUAAGGUUGAAAACUAUAGACUUUUUUAAACAUAAUUUUCCACAGAUAUCUACAUACCAUAGAAGAAAGUCUGUUUAUCCUCU